AUGGUUACAAUAAUACCGCUCCACCAAAACAACAGACGACCAUCUUUAUGUAACACAACUGGAGUGGAUAUUCCAGUUAUUGGUACACCUGGAGUGGAUAUUCGAGUAAUUGGUACACCUGGAGUGGAUAUUCCAGUUAUUGGUACACCUGGAGUUGAUAUUCGAGUAAUUGGUACACCUGGAGUGGAUAUUCCAGUUAUUGGUACACCUGGAGUGGAUAUUCGAGUAAUUGGUACACCUGGAGUGGAUAUUCGAGUAAUUGGUACACCUGGAGUGGAUAUUCGAGUAAUUGGUACACCUGGAGUGGAUAUUCUAGUAAUUGGUACACCUGGAGUGGAUAUUCGAGUAAUUGGUACACCUGAAGUGGAUAUUCCAGUAAUUGGUACACGUGGAGUGGAUAUUCGAGUAAUUGGUACACCUGAAGUGGAUAUUCCAGUAAUUGGUACACCUGGAGUGGAUAUUCGAGUAAUUGGUACACCUGGAGUGGAUAUUCCAGUAAUUGGUACACCUGGAGUGGAUAUUCGAGUAAUUGGUACACCUGGAGUGGAUAUUCCAGUAAUUGGUACACCUGGAGUGGAUAUUCGAGUAAUUGGUACACCUGGAGUGGAUAUUCGAGUAAUUGGUACACCUGGAGUGGAUAUUCGAGUAAUUGGUACACCUGAAGUGGAUAUUCCAGUAAUUGGUACACCUGGAGUGGAUAUUCCAGUUAUUGGUACACGUGGAGUGGAUAUUCCAGUAAUUGGUACACCUGAAGUGGAUAUUCGAGUAAUUGGUACACCUGGAGUGGAUAUUCCAGUAAUUGGUACACCUGAAGCGGAUGUUAUAUAA